UCCCUUUGUUAAAAUUCUAUUAUCACAUAAUUCAUAACUCUUUAAAGUCUAUUAUUGCAGUAUACAAUAGAACUAGGUAGUUGCGAAAAUGAUUGAUAACAAACUAAUAAGGAAGAGCGCAAAAAUGUAAGUCGUUCCUGCAUACAUAAUAACAAAGACAAAUAUCUAGCUAAUCAUAUAAUCAUAUUGUAAAUUGAUAUUCAUAUGACAAUUAGAGUACCAUACACUAUAUUAUAUUAAUGUCCAAAAAGUUUAUGUAAGCGGAAAGAACCAAAUAAAAUCUAAACCAUGUCUGCUACGCCAGAAUACGUCAUAAAUAUAUCCUCGUCUGAUGAAAAUGAAGAUGAUGAAAAUGAUCUUCAAAUCAUUGAAGAAUUUCGAAAGGAGACUCAGGAUCUUUUAGAUAAUCCAACACAACAACCUCAACAUGAAAUCACCAAGAAACUUACAGAUAUUCAAUGUCCGAUAUGUUUUGAUACUAUGACAGAAGCAACAGCCACAUCAUGUGGACAUAUGUUUUGUCUAGAUUGUAUUCAACAAUCUAUAUCUUCAUCACAUGCAAGAGGUCAAGCAAAUCGUCGUGGAAUGGGGUUAUGCCCCUUGUGUCGUAAAAAAGUAUCAUUCAAGGAUACAAUAGUUUUAAGAUUGAAAGUAUCGACGAAAUUGGGGAUACCGACUUUACCUCCAUUGCCACCCGACAAAGAUUCUAUUUUAAUAAAUGAUUUAAAUCUUGAAUCUGGUAAACCUAUUACUAAUGAUAACAAGAACGAUAAUGAUAAUAAGAUUAAUGAAAAGAAAGAUAAAGGUAAUGAGAAUAGUCCUGAUACUAAUAAACUGAUUCAAGUUAAUUCAGAAAUCCAGAGCGAAAGAAAACAUUCGAUACGCAGCCCAACAUCCAAACCAUUAAAGAAGAGAGCAAAGAAAACUUAGAUCUACGACUAAAUCGACGAAAGAUUGUUUGAAGUUUAGAUAAACUUUUAAGGAUUUCUUUUUAUCUAGUGGUCUAUAUAUUAGAGCCAUAGAAACUGGAAACAUAAGAUGUUUGCAGUCAUCCUUACAUGGAUCCAAAUGCCUGAUUAGGCGGAUUGAUAUACGGCUCAGUUUGGAAGUACAUUUCUUUCUAGAUCAAAUUAGGAAGUAAAUUCAUUAUAAGCGCUAUGCGGUGUACAGAUUCUUUCAUUCGUAUGGUACUAGCAUUUAUAUAAUUGGUAGAUAAAUAUAAACGCUUAGUGAGUAGAGGAAAAAUGAGCUACUUAUACGAAUUAAAACUUGAAUUGAGCAAGGGCUCAUUCCAUACAAUAUAAAUAAUGAUUAUAAUUCGAGUAGAUUCAUUAAGAUUCAAUCUGAAUCACUUAAAUAUAUCUUUAUGUAAUUGAUAAUUAGGUCAUUCAUAAUAAUAUCAAUUUAAAAUUUAUAUCACA